AAAAGAAACUUCUAGAGAUUGGAAAGUCAGGAGUUGUUGCUACUCUCUUAGCUGCCUGUGAACUUGGUAAAAAAAUAAAGUGCGACUUUGGGGAGCGGUGGUUUUGUUUUCUAGAAUUUGAAGAUAUAUUUUGUCAAUUCAUUUCCACUUCCUUGAAUCUCAAACCGUUUUUUGUUGUUGUUGAAAGGUCAAGAAACUUGCCUCCCUUACGUUCACAAAUCACCUUUCUUCCUAGCUACGGUGAUGUCAGCACAUUACUAGUUUAGGAGCUUGAAAUAUAUUGCUAGGAGAUCCAUUGAAAAAAGUGUAUUGUUAGGAGAUGAUAAUUAGCCAUUUGCUAAAUAUUAUCCCAUGGCACUUUUCUUCAUACAGGCAGUCCUUUUUGAAACAUGGCAUUUAAUGGUGGCCUGUGGUCAUAAUGUCAGCAUAUGUUUUGUGGGGCUCAUAAUUUUUCUCCUAGUGGACCCAAAAGACUUGAAGUCACUGUUUGGCUCAGAUUUUGUAUUCAUGCUAGCGAAACCAAAUGCAGAAUAUUCUUUUCUUGAUUGACUGUCAGUUUUUCUUUUCUGGGUCUUCUAAUGGGCUUAUAGUAGGAACAUAAGGUGAUGAAUAUCUUGACUUCUCUCUUUGCAUAAGUACCAUAAGUUUUAUGCCCCCCCACCCAUUUCUCCCUCUUUUGAGAUGUUCUGAUUGUUUAUUUUUUCAUUCCCUUGCUAGGAUGUUACACUCCAUGAUUUGGAUGCUGCAAAUGCUCGCCCACAAGGAGGGGCAAGAUAUAUUAUCGGCCAGAUGAUGAAACCCAGGAAGACUGAAAUUACUGAAAAGCUACGACAAGAAAUUAACAAGGUUGUUAACAGAUAUAUCAAUGAAGGGGUAGCUGAGCUUGUCCCUGGAGUCCUAUUCAUUGAUGAGGUUCACAUGCACGAUAUGGAAUGCUUUUCAUACCUUAACCGUGCCCUAGAAAGCUCACUAUCACCAAUAGUAAUUUUUUCUACGAACAGAGGAAUAUGCAAUGUCAGGGGAACUGAUAUGAGCAGUCCACAUGGCAUACAUGUUGGCCUGUUAGACCGUCUUGUGAUUAUAUGGACAGAAACUUAUGGUCCAGCUGACAUUAUACGGGAGUGCGAUGGAGAUAUACACCGGGUAUUAUCAAACACUGUAAGCAAUUGAGUAGCUGGUAAUAACGCAAGAGGAAUACUACCUCAAAUGCUUGCAUGGUUGAAGUUACACUUCAGAUGAUCAAUUCAAAUCUAAGAUCAUUUAAACGACAUCAUUUCAUUGAGCAAUGUGAGUAGUACAUGUGUAAAAAAGAUGGAGAACGGGCCUAGCAGCAUACAUGCCAACAUGGUACACUUGUGGGAGAUUAAGACAGCUGGUGAUUGGAUCGAAAGUCAGGCCGGUCAGCUUGUCAGGUGGGUGAUAAGCAUACAUUGAAUGUGAACCAAUGGUUAUUUUCCUUGCAAAAUUUUCAUUUUUCUAUUACUAUUGUGAUGCAACCGAUGUGUGGAACACUGAGUUUUGGAAGUUCAUAGCUGCAGAGGUAUGCCGUGUUUACAUAAUUUGAGGACCAGUGAGAUUUGUCUCAUGUGGGCCAUAUAUAUGCUAAUGUUGGCCAUAUGUUAUGGGACCUUCUAAAUGUAUGGUUUGGAUCAUCAUAUCAUGAAGUGAACGGGCAAGAUGAUUGGGCGAUCCUUGUAGGCAAAUCUCAUUUAGUACUAAACUGUUAGACACAUGCAAUGUAUACUCACACCCGCAUGCACUCACAUCUGCUACCACAUAUCCAUGCAUGUUUCAGCCCUUGGCCCUUUAUAUACACACUCCCCCUUGUAUACACAUUUACUUGACACAAUGAACUCCCCAUCAUUUUCAACCGUUCCUAAAUAGAGA